CCCCUCCGCGCGCGGGGCCAGGGGAGCCGCCACCUGAAUGGGGAGCGGCGAACAAAAAGAGGAAAAUAACGGCAGCGAGCGGAGAGCGGCGGCGGCAAGAGCUCCGGGCACCUCGGCUCCCGCCAGCGGCUGCGCUGAAACAAGAGUAAGAAAUGGAGAUGAUGACUGAGAAACAGAGAGAUACUAGGUAUUUCUGGAACAAUACUCCUCAAAAAAGUGAUUACGAGGCUGUAGAGGCCCUGAUUUCUAUGAGUUGCAACUGGAAAUCAGACUUCAAAAAACAUGCAGAAAUGAGACCUAUAACUCCAGCAUCUGAUUUGUCAGAAGAGAGCGAUGAGGCUUUGCUUCCUGGAGCAGCAGACUUCAGUGCGAUACCAGCAUUUUGCCUGACACCCCCCUACAGCCCUUCUGACUUUGAGGUGGUCCAUCCUGGGGUCCAUUCCGGGGCUCCCAUGCCCACCCCAGCACUCAGCAGGUCUCCAGCUGAGGCUGCCAAGCCUCCUCUGGCUGCCUUUCAGAGAGAGCCAGAGAAGCCUCCAGCCACGGGGCCUCUGAAAGCUCAGGCAACGAGUGUGAUCCGCCACACGGCUGAUGCUCAGCUUUGCAAUCGGAAAACCUGCCCGGUGAGAGCAGCCAGCGUGCUGAAAUACCAGGAUGGCGUCUCAAGGGAAACAAACAGUAAACAAAAUGCCGAGGCAGAGCAGUCAGGGUGUUCCGCCGUGGCGCCGGGCAGAGCCAGUGAUGAGAGCAAUGAACUGCUGGUGGCAGAAGGAAAAUCCACAGAACCAGCUGUCGGUCUGGUGCCCUUGACAAAGCCCUCAAUCAGCAGACAUCAGUUUCUCCCUGAGUCGGCGCAGCAGUCAGUGGGGGUGGCACCACCAUGCCCUGCCCAAGGCAGUGGAGCCCCCCCUGUGCCAGUGAUUUGCCAGAUGGUUCCUCUGCCUGCAAACAACAACGUGGUGACAGCCGUGGUACCCAACACCACCCCAAGCCAGCCGCCAGCUCUCUGCCAGCCCAUGGUCUUCAUGGGCACCCAAGUUCCCAAAGGUGCUGUUAUGUUUGUUGUGCCCCAGCCAGUUGUGCAGAGCACAAAGGCUCCCAUUAUUAGUCCAAACGGCACGAGACUCUCUCCCAUUGCCCCUGCUCCCGGCUUUGUACCUUCUGCAGCAAAACCCACUCCUGUGGUUGAUUCUUCAAGAAUAAGAAGUCACGUAUGCAGCUACCCAGGAUGUGGGAAAACAUACUUCAAGAGCUCCCAUCUGAAAGCUCACGUCAGAACACACACAGGAGAAAAGCCAUUUAGUUGUAGCUGGAAGGGCUGUGAGAGGAGGUUUGCACGGUCUGAUGAACUGUCUCGCCACCGCAGAACACACACUGGGGAGAAGAAGUUUGCCUGCCCGAUGUGCGAGCGGCGCUUCAUGAGGAGCGACCACUUAACGAAGCACGCGCGUCGCCACUUGUCAGCUAAGAAGUUACCAAACUGGCAAAUGGAAGUGAGCAAGUUAAACAGCAUUGCUGUGCCACCUCUGUCUGCCACCAUGCAGUGAAAGGACUUACUCCAGAGGUGGUGGAAUUAACUGUUGUUGCUGGGGUAUGCCAGCUGAAAAAAGGCUUUUGCUCCCGGUCCGUGGUUGUCCCGCGCUGGCUGCCGGUGGCGGUGCAGCAGAGAGGCGAAGGCAGCCUGUGCUUGGUCACAAAGCAUGUUGCUGGGAGAACUGGUGGCUGACUGGAAUAGCGGGUGUCUUUUGCACUGGUAAGGGAGGAGAGAGAGAGAAAGGGAAGGUUCUAGAGCGAGCAGCAGACAUUGUGCCAGUUUUGAAUUUUGCAGAUUAUUUAUAUAUACUCCAGAUGAGUCACAUGUGAGUGUUACUGAAAGUUUGCGGCUGGUGCUUGAGACCAACCCCAAUGUUAACGUUCAGUUGUUGAUCUUCAGUACAGUACAGACUAGGAAGACAGCAAUGCACAGGCACAGGCUUGAAAGCCCAGAAUGCACCUGCACAAAAUAAUCUAAAUCAGUUUUACUUCUGCCACCCAUUUGUGAUAGGAAUCUUCCUCCUAUCCCUUUUCUGGCCCAAACAUCAGUGAUGAUUUGGUGCCAGAUUGCUGAAGAUCUUAGGCCUGUCCUCCUGCAUGGGGUGUUUAACACACCCAGCUUUAUACUGCUGUCUGGGGGGGCUUGGAAAGGACACUCUGUACUGCUGUCCAGGGGACUUGGAAGGGACACUCAGGGGCACCAUGUGGGCAGCUGGAGGGUGGGAACAUUUCUGAAUCCUCAUGAGCUUUGUAGUAUUUUCCCAGGUUCUUUGGUAAGCUUUGUGAUGAUUAAAAUUGGUUGUACCUGGGCAUUGCACGAUGCUUCUGCUUUUGUGUUGCUUAUGGUUUCCUUUGUACCUUCUCACAGCUGUGUACCACUGUGUUUUUCAUAAGUGGCUACAGUGCACUUUUAAGAGAAAAAA